AUGAGUACAUGCAGUCUUUCUUCAUAGACAAGGGAGGCAACACAAACGGCGAGGUACUGGACGCCCUGGUUCGCUUGCCAGUACAUGAAACAGGACGAUGGUUAGCAGCGCUUAAUUCGUCCUUGGGGUCUAACCUGACAUAAUUGUUGGUGUACCCAGCACCCUAAGCGAUAUUCUUUUCCUUGACGUGUCGUGUGGCGGUCGGCCUGGCAUUUCCGUGUCCGCCAUGGAUCCUCGUAUUUUCGAUGACGUUGCUGAUACCCUCGCCAAACUGCGAAUGUACCCAUACUUCGAUGUGUGCCACUACAUACUUAUGAGCACUGCAGUAAAAGAAGAUACACCGCAGUCAGGCUCUCCCCAUUUUUCAAGACGCCACCCCUUUUCUUGCUGGCUCGCCACAAUGCUUAUGUGUUUCGGGGGCACAAUCCUCUCAAGCUUUAUUUGUGGAUCCCCUCUUUUCCUCUGCUUUGACAACUUUCGGGAUGUCUUUACCGCUACCGCUGUCUGGUAUCUACUCAAUUAUUUUCCUUUCGAUGUCCUUUAUCGAACAUGCAAGUUUUUGCCGAUCCGAGUGUUUAUAUGUUCACUAAAGGAGGUGCAACGAGCUAGGAAGAUAUCACUUGGAGUACGCCACGGUUUACACCACUUCCCCGACUCCGCUGUCACAUGUGUGCUUCUUGGCCUCCUUAAAGGUUCAGGUUACUGCGAGAUGAAAUUGUUGCAGCGUCUCGUACGUGGUGUUUGGCUUCCUGCUUCUACGGAGUUUCUUCGCCCAACUUUUACUACAAAAAUAUCGAUGCUGGCAUCAGUUGCGUACUACUGUCACCGCCUUGACGUGAUCCCACUGUCAGAAAACCAAUUGUUCCUCGCAGUCGCCGCCAUAUUUGUGUACCUAAGGGUUACUAUGAUACUCCUUGGACUGAAGGACCCCUUCACACCAUUCGAGAACAUUGUGUGCACUGUUCUGUUUGGUGGAACCGUAGACGCUCUUCGAAGCGCGUUCGAACGCAGUCGCGCUGCACGAGCUGCUUCUGCCAAUGCAGCGUCCUCUCCUCCUCCUAUCGGUCCAUCCUCUGGUGUCACCUACGCGAGCAGCACGCUCCAUGGGCCUGGAGUCACGGCUCCAUCGUCGGCCUCUUCACCUGUUGCCGCUCCGUCUACGGCCACCUUAGCAAACGGACAAACCAGUGUGAAAGAUUCCGCUCCGCGACAGCCGACAGACAAAAAACGCGACUAGACCUGGUACGUUGGACCCAGCCCACGACGUAAUUGAUUUUUUGCCCUCAGUUUCAUACUGAGUAACUCAACUUGCUAUGCUGCUUUCUCCGCGUCACACGGGUUCCACGUAUUUUCGCUGGUUUCUCUUUGAAUAUUAACAAGAGACCAAAAUUUUUGCUUAUUUUUAAAACUCUUGCAUGAGUGGAACCGCUCAACCCAACUUCACCAUGCAAUCAUGCGUUUAUUGUUUCUCCCUGCUUUUCUCCGUUACUUCGUUCGAUUUAACACCUCAUAUUUAUACUGCAUAGCUCUAGUAUCAAUUGAAGCAUUAGGACUAUUAUCCGGACUACCUCCUUACUCGGCUCUUCCUUUUGUUGCUUUGUGAUCCAUUUCGAUUUUUACUUGCGUAGACUAUACCUGACCCUCUAUCCGUGAACAGGCGCUCAUUAUUACAUUACUGUUAAUAAAGCAUAUGUGCGACGUUCUUUGCUUCUUUUUAAUUACACUCGCUUAAUGUACCAAGUGAUGUG